AUGAAGCGGGCCCAGGGCGGUGCGCCCCCGCCCGCCGCAGAGCAGCCUCUAUACGACGCACCCCAGCCUUAUGGGAAUCAACAGAAUAUGUAUUCAAAUUAUCAGAGUGCACAAGCGAGCACCCAACAACAACAAUAUUGGCAAAUGCAACAACAGCAGCCACAGAAUCAAUACAACCAGCAAUAUGGGCAAACAUAUCAACAGCAGGAUUAUGGCAAUAAUGCUAACCAGAUUUAUCAACAACCACCGCAGUACAAUCAGAACUUUCCCAAUCAAACCUACACUAACACUCAGCAGGGUUAUCCACAAAAUUAUUAUGCAAACCAAGCAUUGCCCCAACAAAACUAUGCUCAGAAUAAAAUGCAUAAUGAUGGUUGGGAAGAUAACUGGGACUGGGGAUGGGAAGACUCGUCUAAGCAAAAGCCUACUUUAAAUCAGGCAGUUUCACAAGAGAUUUCUUCACAAUCACAAGUAUGUAACAAUGCAAAUGUUAUUGAAGAAAGCUUUGCACCUUCUAAUACUUGGAAUUGGGCAAUGGAGAAUAAGAAAGAACCUCAAGAAAACACAUCUUCUACAACAGUUGUGGCACAAGAAAAUAAAGAGUCAUCAGCACAACCCACAGUUAAUACAACACCUGAUAUUAUUCCCCAAACUGAAUCUGUUACACAGGGCAAUGUAAGUAAUCCCCCAGCUCAAUUUUCAACUGACGAAAUAAAAACCUUAAAUGACCGAGAAGUUGUUAAGGAACGGCUGCCUAAUUUGGCACUUGGAAAGCGUUUCCAUAUUGAUAAUUUAACACCUCAGUGGUCCAUAGAAUCACAAAUGUCUCAAGACUCUAGUGAUGGACCACAAACACAUUCUGAAGGUACUUACAGAAGUGAAAACCAAUCAAGAAAUUCUAGUAAAAGUAGCCCUGGCUUAAAUACGGACAAUUCUCAUUUUAAUUACUCUCAGUCUCGUUUAGAUGAGAUGUAUCCUCAGAGCAGCGAGUGGUCUAAGCUAUCUAAUGAAGACACAACUUUAAUUGAUAGUCACAAAAGUAGUAGUAGACGUGAAAGUCAUGAUGAUUUAUCAAGUUCUAUGCAGGACAUGAAUAUAUGUAAUACUGAAAAUGCUGUUCCACAUAUUAUUAACACUAAUAAUGAAUUUGAACAAAAUACGAUGGAAAAUAUGCCACCACCUGUUCAACUACCCACCCCCAUUUCGUCUGCAGAAAGUGUUAAACAAGUAUCUUCAAAUAUACCUCCUACAUCAAAUGCUAUGCCACCACCUCCACCAGUUUCGACAGCAACCCAAGCACCUCCUACAGUGUCAUCAACUACAAUGCCUCCUCCUACUAAUUUUCCUCCAUCUUUGUCUCAAAAUCCUUUUAAACAUGCAGGGCCAUUUUCACACAAAAAUAUAUCAAAGGCUAAUUCAAAUACACCAUCCCAGAUUUUCCCACCACAGAUGCCAAACUCAAAUUUAACAUCACCAGCUGUUGUAAAUAAGAUCUCUCAUCACAACAGAAUGCCUAUAGGUUUUGGAGCUAAUUUAGAAACAACUCCAGAUAAUUCAGAAAGACCUGAUCAACCUCAAGCAACUAAUUUUAGACAAAUUCCUGUAACUCAACAAAUUCCUGACAACCUGGAAGUUGCUCCACAAAAUGAUAGAAAUGAAUAUUUACAGACUGAACAUUUGUCCAGUGUUGACUAUGGUGAGAACACAGACUUUAGCCAAAAUGCACCUCCUCCUGGCUUGAGAAGGAUGGUAGUAGGUCAACAAGAAACAGAGUAUAGUCAAAACUUAAAUAUAUCUGGUGAUGAACCACCUCCGGGUCUUGCUCGUAUGGUUCCAGGGCAACAAACUGAGUCAGAUAAUGGCUAUAAUCAGCCAAAUGAAAAUUACAUAGAUCGUCAUGCAGAUGGCCAACUGACUGAAAAUACUGGUCGGCCUUUUAGGCAAGCCGAUGGCCAACAAACUUCGGACAAUUUUACUCAACCACCAACUAAUAGAGUCACUGAUAGAAGACCAAUAGGAUUGGAUAGAAUGGUUCCCGGGGAAUCAAGUAACAAUGAAUAUAUGCAGUAUCAAGUAAGCAAUUAUGGUGGUUCAACUGCUCCAAGGGUAGUCACAGGAGUUGACCAUGAUUAUCCAUUGCACACUGAUGCAGGCCCAACAGAUGUGAGGGAACAGAAUGUUGAUGGGUCUGAUUAUACUGAACCAACCACAAGAAAUACAACUCGAAAUAUAAUUGGGCUAAGGGAGCAAAGUAACGACACGGCAGUAGAUUUCAGUGCAGCACCUGAGGAGCAGCAACGAGAGGUGACAAUGGAGGGAGAAAAUUUGCAGGACUUGAGUAUCAUAUCUGGAGCAGAAAUGACUUUCUCAAGGGAGCAGAUGUUUGAUGUAGUCAGUGGCAACGUCACCGAUUUGGGUACAGAUAGAGGUCACAAUGCUUCAGAUUCUGUUGAAUAUCCAGCAAACAAUUCAAGAAGACAGUCUGUUAAUCGCGUUAAUACGUCAGGAGAUGAUUCUGAACGGGAUCGAACAUUUAAGUCGUCUCCAAGAAGAGAUAGAGAAAAACACAAAUCUUCAAGAGAUCGCGAUAGGGAUAGGGAAAGAGACAAAGAGGGUAGAUAUUCUAGAGGUGAUAGAAAAUAUGACAGGGAUCCAGAUAGAAGAUUGGGAAGAGAUGGUCAAAGAUCUGAAAAGGAUAGGAGAGACAGAGAUAGAGACAAAGACCGUGAGAGACGCGAUAGAGACAUUAGUCCUGAUACACGCAGACACAGACGUAGCACCAGGAGUCAUAGAUAUGAGACUGAAGACACUGACUAUUACAGUGACAAGGAGAGGGAUCGCAGGCGCUAUAGAGAGGGUUCGUACAGUUCGAAGCCACCUCGACCCGACGACAAGGAGCUACGACACGACGACCGCCGUCGUCACAAUACAAAGGAGCGCGAGACUCACUAUGACGAAGAAAGUGGCAGCAGGAGACGUAGCGAUCGACACCGAGAUAGAUAUGAGAGGCGAUACAGGGACAUCGACCCCAACAGGAAGUACGGCAACUUGAGACGAGAAGAAGAAGACCGAAGGAGAGUUGUGACAUUCUCGAAGGACGCAAAGUCUAGUAAUUGCGAGACGUACUCGUCUCCUUCACGCGCCGGGUCUCGUGAGGCGACGGCGACGGACGAGGACAUGCCGGAGCCGGAACGGCGUCGACGCGACCGUGAUCGCGACCGCGAUCGUCGCUCCCGCGGCCCUCGGGACGUACGGGACACUCGGGACAAUCGGGACCCACGGGAGCCUGACCCCUACUAUCUUGCGGGUUAUGGCGGCGGUACGUACGGCGAUCCGUUCGCGUUGCAGCGGCAGCAGUACUCGUACUACGAGAGGCUGCGGCGGACCGACCCGGCCGCAUACAUGCGCCUCUACAAGCAGCUCAUGGCCGGCCAGCUUCCAGCACACAGCGUGUACGCAGAAGGAUACAGCUCGCUUGGCUACGACAUGCGCGCUGAGGAGCGCGGCAGUGUCCAUUCAGGACGCUCCAGCACCAACGGCCUCAAGGGAAACGACACGGACUUGAAUACGGAUGCGUCACUGAACCUUCACCUCGAGGAGUCCACUGUGCGAUCGGAGCGUAUGACACCGUUCAAGUUCUCCACGGCGCAUAUAAAGGGCAGUAUAUCUGCGCGGCACGUGGUGGUGGUGCCGGCGGGCUGGCCGGCGGACGGGCGGCCGGCCGCCGUGCGCCUGCUGCCGCUGCACGCCGCCGCGCAGCACGACCCCGCGCUGCAGCACCUGCUCGCGUACCCCGGACCGCUCGCCAGAGGCGUAACUCACAAGAAGAGCGUGAUCGACUACUGCACGUCGCGGAUCAGUAACGCGGGCAAGCUGUGCGCGCUCGACCCGCUGGGCUACGUGCUGGUGUGGGAGCUGCUGGCGCUGCUGCUGCGCCAGAACGGGGUGGUAGUGGGCUCGGACAUUGCGGAGCUGCUGAUGAAGAACACACGCGAGUAUGAGUACAAGGGCUUGAACAAGAUCACGCCGCGGUCAGGGAGUCGUCGCGAGUCAUCAGUAUCGGCCGAAGGUCGUGAGGAAGAGCGUAUUUCUUCACCAGAACAACCGAGUGUGUCUGCAGAUCUCACGCCUCCCGAAGAAGAGAGUUCAACACAGUCUCCUUUACACGAGAAAGCGGCGCUGGAUCGCUUACGCGAGUACCUCAUCUACGGGAACAGGCAGGAGGCUCUGGAGUGGGCGAUGACAAACAACUUGUGGGGCCACGCCCUGCAGCUGGCGGCGUACAGUGAACGGCGCGUGCGAGCCGGCGUGGCGUCGCGCUUCCUCGCCUCCGUGCCGCGUUCCGACCCGCUGCACACGCUGUAUGCCGCUCUGGCGCAGCGCCUGCCGCCCGCCGCCACCUGUGCUGCGGAGGAGAAGUGGGGUGACUGGCGACCUCACGCCGCCAUCAUGUUGUCCAACAGCUCCGCCAAGCCCGAGCACGAUCGCAGAGCACUCACACAACUUGGUGACAGCUUGGCGUCUCGCGGGCUGGUGUACUGCGCGCAGUUCUGCUACGUGUCGAGCGGCGUGCCGUUCGCGCGCCACCCGCUGGCGCCGCUGGCCGCGCCGGCCGCAGCCGCAGCCGCAGCCGCCGCACCGCCGCGCCUCAGCCUGCUGCUGGCCGAUCCGCGCGCCACCACGCUCAACCAGCUGGCCACCAACGAAGCCAUCUUUGCCACGGAGAUCUACGAAUACGCCUUGUCCCUUAGCCACGAGGACUACGUCAUCGAUGAAUUACAGGUGUACAAGCUGGUAGCGGCGUGCCGGCUGCUGGACCUGGGGCAGGUGGAGCGCGCACUGGGCUACGUGGAGCGCGCCGCGCGUGCCGUCACCCGCGCGCCCCGCGCCCACCCCGCCGCGCUGCCCGCGCGCCUCGCGCUGCUCGCCGACAGGUUAAAGUACUACGACCCAGCCCUUCAUGAAGAUCCGCCUCUAGUGGAUGAUAUGACAGAAGGCGAUAGUGCAGAACCCUCGCCUCGUCAUCAUCAACAGUGGUUGGACGAUGUCAAGAAUGUGGCCAGUAUGCUUGAGGCGGAAACGCGGCAGCAGUCGCAGCACGGCAACUGGCACGAGCAGACGACUCUGUAUCAGCAACCCGUUCAGACUUAUCCCAAAACGGAGGAAACUCCCGAUUACGCGGCGCAGUACUAUCACCAACAGGACCAGCUCGUUCAACAGAGCCACUAUGCCCAACAAGAUGGCCAUUAUAGCCAAACAGAUGGCCAAUAUGUUCAACAAGAUCAAAGCCAAGAGUCACAGGAGCCUGGCGAGCAACUGACCGGUUUGAGAGAAGGGGAUGCGACAUACACGUAUGGAGAGGAGUGGCCUCAAGAACAGGCGCAGAAUUACGCCGAUCCCUACUGGCAGAACGAUUCGCAUUACGGAUACGGAGAGGCUGUAACUGGAUUAGCCGACAAUGAUGCAUUAGAGUCGCGGCCCACAAUCACUAUGCCGGGGACUGCGCCCUCCAAGCCGUCGCUCUACGCCGACUACGACGAUGACAGACCAGCCAGCACUGAUGUCAAACAAACAGAGCGCGACACUGACUCGCCGAGAACAAACAGAAAACAGGAGAGCGAGGGGCAGGGUCAGAGCAAGGGCAAGGAGGAGCGCAGCAAGGGCGAGGGCAAGGGCAAGAGCGGGUGGCUGGGCGGCAUCCUCACCAAGCUGUCGCUGCGCGCGCCCAACCAGAUGAUCCUGCCCGACGACAAGAACCCCACCAUCGUGUGGGACGCCGAGCACAAGCGCUGGCGCAACCUGGACGGCGACGACGAGCCCGCGGCGCAGCCGCCGCCGCCGCCUGCCGUCCCGCUCGCACGCGCGCCCGCGCCCCCGCAGAACUCGACCGCCGGCGCCCCACCGCCCGUCUCUAACAUCUUCAAGAUGCAGAAAGGAAGACACAUCAAGAAGUCGUACGUGGACGUGUUCAACCCGAGCGGGGCGGCGACCAGGCCGCUGCCGCCCGCCGCCGAGCUGCUGGGCGCCUCCCUCCCGCCCGCCCCUAGCGAGGCGCCCAACUACUUCGUGCCCGCACCCACACAGAGCGGCUUCUACGAUCCAACACAAAUGACGACCGGCGACGAUGACCAAUACCGCAGUGGCAUAUAG